AUGGCCGUUUCUCUUCCAUACUCGGCCCUGGCUGUCGUCGCAGUGGUGGCCUUCCUCGUCCUCCGCGCCGUAUAUCGCGUCACAUUCCAUCCACUGGCGAAGUUCCCUGGCCCGAAGUUGGCGGCUAUCUCGUCGAUAUAUCAGGCUUGGUAUGACUUGAGGCCUGAGACAUCAUACAUCUUUGAGUUUGCUAGGUUGCACGAGAAGUUUGGACCGAUUGUGCGCAUCACACCGAAUCAAUUGCAUGUCUUUGACAUCGCCGCGUACAACGAAAUCUUCAAGAUUGGAACGCGCUAUGCUCGACACCGCGACAACUAUAACAACGAGGCGGCCGAUGGAUUCUUCAACCAACUCGAGUUGAAAACAGCCAAACCCUGGCGCGAUGCAUACCAACCCUACUUCUCCAAGGGCGCCAUCACGCGCCUCGAGCCCCUGAUCAAUAGCCGCAUCAAGAAGUUUCUUUCCAAGUUCGAAUUGGCGGCCGCGAAUAACGAGCCCAUGGACUUGAGCAUGGGCUUCCGCAGUGUGACCAGCGACGUCGUCACCAGCUAUAUGUUCGCGGACAAUGGGUUCGAGUUGCUCGACGUCAAGGACUUCCAGUCGUCGAUCCUGAUCGCAUUGGAACAGUACUUUGACUUUUCGCAGUGGGCGACGUACUGGCCUAAUUUCAUGCCAUGGUUAACAAGGCAACUGCAGAAAUUAACCGAGGAACAGCAGGAAAAGUUCAUACCCGCCCUCGCUGCAACGAACUGGAUCACCGAGCAAUGCCGGCUCAAGGUCGAGCGGAUCAUGCAGAACGGAGGCUCUGAAGACGGAACCCCCACCGUCUUCGACGCGUGGGCGAAACCCAAGGAGAAACGAACAUGGACUCCGAACAUGCGACAGAUGACCGCAGACGCAUUCACCUUCCACGGCGCGGGCACAGAUACCACGGCCCACACGCUGACCACCGCGACAUGGCACUUGAUCAACAACGAAGAGUGUCUGCAGAAGUUGCGCGCGGAAUUGCACGAGGCCGUCAAGGAGCCGGAGAGCGAGCAGCUGGUCAGCACGAAUGUGCUCGAGACCUUGCCCUACCUGAGGGCCGUCGUCAAGGAGGCCCUGAGAAUGAGUAUGGGCGUGCCUGGCCGGAUGGCUCGCGUCGUGCCCGAAGGCGGAGCCGUGCUGUGCGGACAGAAGAUUCCCGGCGGAACCGCAAUAACCAGCGCCUGCUACUGCUACCACUUCGACCCCAAGGUCUUCCCCUCGCCUCACACGUUCGAUCCCGAGAGAUGGCUCGCCCCAGACGCCGCGCAACUCGAGAGCCGCUUCAUGGCCUUUUCAAAGGGUCCCCGGUCGUGCAUCGGCAUCAACUUGGCGUAUGCGGAGCUGUACCUCAACUUGGCGUACAUGGUGAGGCGGUUCGAUCUGGAAGCGUGCCAGACGACGGACAGGGACAUGGAGUGGAAGGAUAAUUUUGUGGUCACGACGAAGGGGCAUUUGCGGGUCAAGGUCAAAAGGGUCGAGGAGGACAAUUGA